AAGAAAAUGGUCAUGGAGCAUAAUUCUUCAGUGACCGAGUUCAUUCUUAAAGGAUUAACUGAUCAACCUGAGCUCCAGCUGCCCCUGUUUGUCCUGUUCUUGGUGAACUACACAGCCACCGUGGUGGGAAACUUGAGCUUAAUGAGUCUCAUCAUUCUGAACUCUCACCUUCACACUCCCAUGUACUUUUUCCUCUUCAAUCUGUCCUUCAUUGAUUUCUGUUACUCAUUUGUCUGUACUCCCAAAAUGCUGAUGAGUUUUAUUUCAGAGAAGAACGCUAUCUCCUUCACAGGGUGCAUGACUCAGCUGUUUUUCUUCUGCCUUUUUGCCAGUUCUGAGUGCUAUGUGCUGACAGUCAUGGCCUAUGAUCGCUAUGUGGCCAUCUGCCAGCCUCUACUGUAUGUGGUCAUCAUUUCCCCUAGGACCUGCUGUCUGCUGGUGUUUGGUUCACACUUGAUGGGGUUUGUUGGUACUGGUGUUCUCACAGGGUUUAUGGUCAAGCUGAAUUUUUGUGAUUCCAACCUCAUUAACCACUACAUGUGUGACAUCUUCCCUCUCCUAGAGCUCUCCUGCAGCAGCACCUAUGUCAAUGAACUCCUGAGUUCUGUUUUUAUCAGCACAGUAGUAAUCAUAUCUAGCCUCAUUAUCUUAACCUCUUAUGUUUUGGUUCUUUUUAAUGUCAUUCAGUUGUCAUCGGGUAAGGGUUUGUCCAAAGCUAUGAGCACGUGUAGUUCUCACAUAAUAACUGUUGCCUUAUUCUAUGGAUUUGGUACACUUACUCAUAUGAAAGCAUCAUCUGCCGAAUCUGUGGGCCAGGGAAAAUUUUUCUCUGUAUUUUACACUUUUGUGCUGCCCUUGUUGAACCCCCUCAUUUAUAGUCUCAGGAAUAAGGAUGUCAAACUUGCUCUAAGGAAAACAGUGAAGAGACUCACAGUGAGCAAACUAAUGGGGCUUCCAUAG